UAAUUCAUUGUUGUUACCACAGCUUUUAGACUUUUAUUUUGAAGAGCAGGAAGCCAGCAGCAUGUCAGCUGACACACAGUAACACACACGCCGCACACAGUCGCACACCUGGUUACCUGGGUCGUAGGAGCUUGCGUGGCUGGACAGGGCAGAGGGUAAAUCGAACCAUGCUGCCUGACAAAGACGGUCCAGGUGUUGGAGGUGGACAGAGCUCUCCUGAGGGUGAAGACCCCUCCGUGUCUCUGUUUAGAGAUUACCUCCGGCUCAGAACUGUGCACCCAGAGCCCGACUAUGAUGCUGCUCUUAGGUUCCUUGACAGAAUAGCGGAGGAGCUUGAGCUACCCUUGAAGAAGAUCGAGGUUUUUCCAGGUAGAGUCAUAUCCAUCAUGACAUGGGAGGGAACGAAUCCCACCUUGAAGUCCAUCUUGCUGAAUUCCCACACAGAUGUUGUACCUGUUUAUCAGGAACAUUGGAAGUACGAUGCUUUCAGUGCUUUCAAAGAUGCAGAGGGCAACAUUUAUGCCCGUGGAUCACAGGACAUGAAAUGUGUAACUAUACAGUACAUCCAGGCAGUCAGGAGGCUGAAGGCGAGGGGAUGGAAACCGACACGCACUCUCCAUCUAAUGUUUGUUCCUGAUGAGGAAGUUGGAGGCUACAAGGGGAUGGAGACAUUUGUGAAGCAGCCAGAGUUUCACAAGUUAAACAUCGGCUUUGCCCUUGAUGAAGGUUUGGCCAAUCCCACUGAUGCGUUCACUGUAUUUUAUGGGGAAAGGAACCCCUGGUGGAUUACUGUCCAUUGCCCAGGCAGUCCAGGUCAUGGCUCUCGGUUUGUGGAGAAUACAGCAGCUGAGAAGCUGCGCCACGUCAUGAACUCCUUCCUGGACUUCAGAGAGAAGGAAAAACACAGGCUAAAUACCAGUGAGUGUUUUACACUCGGUGACGUCACCACAGUAAAUAUGACUAUGGUCAAAGGGGGCGUGGCCUACAAUGUCAUCCCGGCUGAAAUGGACGUCAGCUUUGACCUAAGAAUACCACCUACAGUAAAUCUACAGGAGUUCGAGAGACAGAUCAAGCAGUGGUGUAAGGAAGCAGGAGAAGAUGUCACCUAUGAUUUUGCUCAGAAACACAUGAACCAGAAUAUCACAUCCACAGAUGAGAGCGAUCCAUGGUGGAAUGCCUUCAGUGCUUCCUGCAAAGAAAUGAACAUGACUUUGAAGAAGGAGAUCUUUCCUGCUGCCACAGAUAGCCGAUUUAUCCGUGCGGUGGGCAUCCCUGCUAUUGGCUUUUCUCCAAUGAACCGGACGCCGAUCCUGCUGCAUGAUCACAACGAGUAUCUGAACGAGCAAGUCUUCCUGAAAGGCAUCAGCGUGUACGAGAGGAUCAUCCCGGCUCUUGCCAGCGUUGCUGCCCUUCCCGAUGAGGCUUAGACAUCAUUUAAUCCUUUCUAAAACAUAUUUACCAGAUGAUCUGACUAUUUAACUUGAGGAAUUAUCAGAGAUUACCAAAGAGUAUAUCAUUAAACGGAGCACUGAGCCUUUGGUACUGUUUAUUCUUUUGAUUCUCAGGAUGAAGUCACAUUGAGCUUUCCUUUACUCAGCACAGCAGCAAGUCUUAGCAUCUUUUAUGUUAGCGUUGUGAUUGAGUGUACCUGGGUGUGCGCAGUUUUUUUGAAGGAUUAAUGCCUGUUGUGUAAAUCAGUUCAUUUAAAGAACUCAAGUGAAAGCUGAAGAGGCUUUUGAUUGCCAGUUUCUAAUUAAACCAAAUCUAAAAUUU